AUUGACACAAAAGCAUAUCUACCUCCCGCCAAAUUCUCACCAAAACUCCAUAAACCCUAACUAAAUAGCUAACGAACUUCCUCCCUUCAAAUCCUCUCUUGAAUAAUGGAUUACUUCAUAAAAGGUGCCGAAGUCGAAAUCAGCAGCGAUGAGGACGGCUUUCGCGGCUCCUGGUUCGCCGGAACCGUUAUCCGGAAGUUAAAGAAUGAUAAAAUCUUGGUGGAGUACAAAACCCUGAUGCAGGACGACUUGAGAAAAAUCCCGCUGAGGGAAGAAAUCGACGUUGUGCAGCUUAGGCCGCCGGCACCCCGGGAGACUCACCGGGAGUUUAAGGUGAGCGAAGAAGUGGAUGUUUAUUUUAACGACGGAUGGUGGGAAGGCGUGAUCACGGGGGUUUCCAAAACUGGAAAGUUUGCGGUGUUCUUUAGGUCUAGUAGGGAGCUGUCGAAAUUUCAUCCGUCCAAGCUCCGGUUACACCGUGAAUGGGUGAACGGCACGUGGGUUCCUCCGUUGGAGAUUGAACCAAAAGAAGAUAAGAAAGUGUCCAUAUUACCAGCCAAACGGAAGCCUGGCAAAGAAACAGUACAGGAGAAAUUUAGCCGAGGGGCAACAGUUGAAGUUCGAAUAGAUGAAGACGGUUUUCAAGGUGCUUGGAUUCCUGCAACUGUCAUCAAACGAUUUGAUGAGGACAAAUACCUGAUUCAGUAUCGGAGUCUGAGAAACGAAGAAGACACAGAAUUCUUGAAAGAGGAGGUUGCUAGUAUAAACAUACGACCACAUCCACCGGAAACUGCUUUGGUCGACUGUUUCAAAGUGAAUGACAAAGUAGACGCUCUUUUCAAUGAUUGUUGGUGGGAAGGAGUAAUAUCCAGAGUUCUUAGGGAGAAAAAGUAUAUAAUCUAUUUUCCGGGGACUGAAGAUGCUGUGAAGUUUAAGCACUCUGACCUGAGGCAGCACCAGGAGUGGAUUGAUGGCAAGUGGGCCAUUCCUUCCUAGGCUCUGAAUUUCUGACUAUCUGGCGGAGCAAGACGACAUCCUGCCUGUGUGAUUUUUCGUCUUCAAACAAAUAUCGUGUAUAUGUAUUCAGUUGCAUGAUUCAUAUAUUCAGAUAUUCUUGCUUAUUUUUACUAUCCUCUGAAGUCUGAAUGAGGACACUAGAGAUGAAGGACCUGCCUAUUUGC